GCUCCCUUAUCUCUCUCCAGCUCCAGACGGCCUUGGGAAGCCAGGGACUCCUGGGUCCUCGGACCCUUUGCCUGGCUUUUUCCUUCCUCGGCUUUCCUCAGCUCCUGCCCGCCUCCCCGCCUCCCCGCCACUUUCCUUCCUUUCUCCCUCCCUCUCCGCAGGGAGACCUGGACUCCUGGGUCUCUUUGCGGCAUCCCCUUUCCCUUUCCCUUCCUUAGGUUUUAUCCUCAGUCUUGCCUUCCUUCCCCCCACACCCCCGGCUUCUCUCAUUCCUUUGGCUCUCCUCAACAUUUGGCCGGGUGGCGGCUGGGGGCCUGGGGCCAGGGGUGCUCUCGGGGACAGAGUGGAGCGGGCGGGACUCCGCAGGAUGUACCCCCAAGGCAGGCCUCCGGCCGGACAACCCUUCAAGUUCUCUAUCUUGGAGAUCUGCGACCGCAUGAAGGAGGAAUUUCAAUUCCUGCAGGCUCAGUACCACAGCCUCAAACUGGAGUGUGAAAAACUGGCCAGUGAGAAGACUGAGAUGCAUCGUCAUUACGUCAUGUAUUAUGAGAUGUCCUAUGGCCUCAACCUGGAGAUGCACAAGCAGGCAGAGAUUGUGAAAAGACUCAGCGCCAUCUGUGCCAAGAUCAUCCCCUUUGUGAAGCAGGAGCACCAGCAGCAAGUCCUUCAGGCUGUGGAGAGAGCCAAACAAGUGACCGCAGCAGAGCUGAACAGCAUUAUCGGGCAGCAGCAGUUACAGCACUUGUCACACCACAUUCCACCUGUACCCUUGACCCCCCACCCUGCAGCAGGGCUGCUAGCCCUGACUGGAGCCCUGGCCACCCAGGCCCAGCUGGCAGCCACCACCCCUGCCACUGAUAAUACUACCAAGGAAGAUCAGAGGAUCCCAGGCAUUGGGGAACCUCCAGCAGGCAGAGGCCACAGCAGCCGGAGCCCAUCCCCUUCACCCCCAGAGAGCCUAGUGGAGGAAGGGUGGCUCAUUGGUCAGACACACAAACAGGAAGAGAAAGAUCCUCUGGGAAACUAUGACAGUGACGGGGACAAGAGCGAUUAUAAUCUGGUGGUGGAUGAGGAUCCUGUCUCUGGACCCUCUAGCCUGAUGCCCACACCCAGCCUGAUGCCCAUACCCAGCCCAAAGCAACUAACCCACCCAGAUCUGCCUGACAGUCCAGCCUCUUUGGCCUCCAGCCCAGCCACACUGACCCACAAAGGCAAGGACUCCAGCCUGAAGCUGCUUGCUGUCAGCCCACCUCCAAUGGGCAAGCCCAGCCGCCCCUCCUCCUCCUCCUCUUCCCCAGAUGCCUCCACCCCCGGCCCCAGCUCUGCCAGCCAGCUCCGCCAGCUUGGCACCAAACGACUGCCUACCACAGACAGCACUGCCUUGAGGAGUCCCCUAACCCUGUCUGGCCCCUUCACUGCAUCCUUUGGCGUGGGACCCUCCACUCUACUCAAUGGGGACCUUGCCGUGCCUAGCUCCUACAUGAGCCUUCACCUGUCCCCACAGGUGAGCGGCCCCAUGAUGUAUGGCCGCUCCCCCUUGCAGAUGGAAACUGAGUCUCACUCCCACCUCCGUCUAUCUACCCUCUCCUCCACCUUGUCGGGCAUCCCUGGGGGAAAGUCGGCUUACUCCUUCCACGUGUCUGCUGAUGGGCAGAUGCAGCCAGUGCCCUUCCCGUCAGAUGCCCUCCUGGGCACAGGCAUCCCCAGGCAUGCCAGACAGCUGCACACCCUCACCCACGGCGAGGUCGUCUGUGCCGUCACUAUCAGCAACUCCACCCAGCAUGUCUACACGGGGGGCAAGGGCUGCGUGAAGGUGUGGGACGUGGCCCAGCCAGGCACCAAGACUCCCGUGGCCCAGCUUGACUGCUUGAACCAGGACAACUACAUCCGCUCCUGCAAACUGCUGCCAGAUGGACGCAGCCUGAUCGUGGGUGGGGAAGCCAGCACCCUGUCCAUCUGGGACCUGGCAGCCCCCACCCCCCGCAUCAAGGCUGAGCUCACGUCCUCGGCGCCUGCCUGCUAUGCCCUGGCCAUCAGCCCCGAUGCCAAGGUCUGCUUCUCCUGCUGCAGUGAUGGCAACAUUGUCGUAUGGGACCUGCAGAACCAGACCAUGGUCAGGCAAUUUCAGGGCCACACGGAUGGAGCCAGCUGCAUUGACAUCUCUGAUUAUGGGACUCGGUUGUGGACAGGCGGUCUGGACAACACUGUGCGCUGCUGGGACCUUCGGGAGGGCCGUCAGGUUCAGCAGCAUGACUUUAGCUCCCAGAUCUUCUCGCUGGGCCACUGCCCUAGCCAAGAGUGGCUGGCCGUGGGUCUGGAGAGCAGCAAUGUGGAAAUUCUGCAUGUGGGCAAGCCCGAGAAAUACCAGUUACACCUGCAUGAGAGCUGCGUCCUCUCCCUCAAAUUCUCUUCCUGCGGGAAGUGGUUUGUGAGUGCGGGGAAAGACAACCUUCUCAAUGCAUGGAGGACGCCCUAUGGAGCCAGCAUCUUCCAGUCCAAAGAGUCAUCCUCUGUCCUCAGCUGUGAUAUUUCUAGCAACAACAAAUACAUUGUGACCGGCUCAGGUGACAAGAAGGCUACGGUAUAUGAGGUGGUCUACUGAGGCUGCCCCUUCUCAUCUUGGGGGAGGAGCCUAGGCCGGGCUCCCCGCCCCCCACGUGUCUGUCCAAC